AUGGUGGAGCUCCACGUGGCGGAGGUGGAGGGGCACCUCGCGUUUUGCCUUCAGAGCUACGUCGGGGAUCACCGGCGCGCCGCGCGGCAUUACCGCCAGGCCCUCGCCGCCAUCCCGAAGGUCGCGCAGCUGCGGGAGUUGGGGCUCGCCUCCUGCGCGGUGAGCGGCUCCGCGCGGCGCCGUCCUCACGGCGGCGGGAAAACCACCCCCCCCCUCCUCGCGGAAACCCACGUCGGGGUGGAGACGCUGCAUUGGAUGCUGACGAACUACGUCGCCUGCUGUGAGCGGCUCGCGGAGUGGAAGGACGCCGUCGCCGCGCAGAAUCAGCUGCUCGAGCUGGAGUGGGUCGGGGGCGUGGAUAUGUCGGCCUCCUACCUCCGCUUGAUCGAGCUCGUCGAGAAGCUCGGGGAUAUCCAGAAGCGCUUCCACCUGUGCUUUCUUCUCUUUUUUUUCCUCAAGGAGGACGUCUCGGCGGAGUUCCGCGUGCAGGUCGCGACGAGCUUCGCGGAGUGCUGCUACCUCGUGGGGAACGCGAGCAUGGGGUCGAUCCUGCUUGACGCCGUGCAGGAGGUGAAGGCCUCGAACGACCCGUCGGUGCUCAUCGCCUACGCGUUGAAUCUGCGAAACCUCACCGAGGACGAGCGGCGCCGCGUCGAGGUGGUCGCGGAUUUGAAAGUCGACGUGCGCGCGAUCCUGCGGAUCUUCCGCCGCGCCGCGCAGCUGAUCCUCACCCAACGGGUGAUCGACGCCGACGACGUCGCGGACCCGCGCCCGCGGGACCCCGCCGCCGCGGCGGCCCUGCAACGCCCGACCUACCGCGCGAACUUCGAGCUGAUGGCGUUGAUCGCGCUCAGCCGGGGGGCGUUUUUCUUCCACCAACACGGCUUCACCGCCGAGGCGGAGGAGCUCUACGCCACCGCGGUGGCCUACGCCGCGGGCGCCGAAAAACGCGGCGGCGCGGAGUACGCGAAGGAGCUCGCGAUCCUCCUGGCGAACUACGCCGGGUUGAAGGCCGUGGCGGAUCCGUUGGCGGCCGAACAGCUCUACACCCGCGCGGCGGCGGUCUGCCCGACCUCGCCGGAGGUCGCGGGCGUCGUGGCGGAUUUUUUCGUCAUGACGGGCGACUACGCGAAAGGGGGGGCGAUGAUUCGACGGUUCCUCGCCCUCGGCAGCGGGGUGGCGGCGGAGAUGGAGCUGCGGCUCGCCCGCCUCGGCGGCGGCGCGGCGUGGGAGGGGCUCCCCCGUGGCGAGCAGCUUCAACUCCUCCAUCACCUCCUCCGCGGGUUGGGGGGCAAUCCGCCCCCCUUCCCCUUCCCUGGAGGACCUCACGGAGGCGGACUUUGA